AAGUUAAUUAUUAUAUACUGUAAGACUAAUUUAACUUGACAUGGAUUUUGUGGCCGACAAUGACAACAACAACGGCGACAACAAUAAUAAUCUGUUGGGCGAAACAUUUACGGCGUCCGACAAAUUUUUAGAGAGRGCCCACAUUACCCGUAUGGACUACUAUCACCGUAUCUAUCAGUUAUCCGUACAAAACCCUGAUGCUUUUUGGCUGAAUAUUGCCGAACAAUUUUAUUGGCACAACGGUAUCCAACGUAAUAAUAAUAAUACCCGUGCCGCCGCUGCCGGCGACGGUGCCGACGGUAAACUAUUUGACUAUAACUUUGAUGUGACCAAAGGCCCGAUUAAUAUCAGAUUUAUGAGCGGAUCCAAGACUAAUGCCUGCUAUAAUCUGGUCGAUAGGAUCAUCGACAAGGGUCUGGGCGAUAGGAUAGCCUAUAUUUGGAUUGGCAACGAUUUGAAUGAAAGAAAAACUAUAACCUAUAGUGAAUUGAAACGAAAUGUUUGUAAGUUUGCUAAUGUAUUGAAAAUACAAGGUAUCCGACCCGGGUAUAGGGUUGCCAUUUAUUUGCCAGUUUCACUGGAAUUGGUUACCGCAAUGUUGGCCUGUUCACGUAUUGGUGCCGUACAUACCGUAGUGUUUGCCGGCUUUUCAUCGCAAUCAUUGGCCGACCGGAUCAUUGACGCCAAUUGUCGGCUAUUAGUAACGGCCGACGGAACUGUUAGGGGAAAUAAAUUAAUUAAAUUGAAAGACAUAUCCGACGAAUCGCUAGUCUUAUGUAAGCACAGAAAUCAUAAGCUCGUGUCGUGUAUUGUCGUCAAACACCUACCGGUGCCCAAUAGCUGCCAACAAAAUCGUUGGUCAAAAUAUGAGCCAAAAUUUGACGAAACAAUUGAUCACUACUGGGAUGAGCUGAUAGAGGCGGCCAGCGAUGAAUGUCAACCAGUUUGGUUGGACGCCGAAGACCCGCUAUUCAUACUAUAUACCAGCGGUAGUACUGGUAAACCRAAAGGCGUUGUCCAUACAAUAGCCGGCUAUAUGUUGACCACUGCCCUKGUAUUCAAGUAUGCGUUCAACUAUCGCGAUGGCGACACAUUUUUCUGUACGGCCGAUCUCGGCUGGAUUACCGGCCAUACGGCCAACGUUUACGGUUCGCUGGCCAACGGCGCUACAGCCGUACUAUUCGACGGUAUACCUACUCAUCCGAAUGCCGGCCGUCUCUGGCAGAUAAUCGACGAAAACGGUGUCAACUCGUUCUAUACGGCACCGACAGCCGUGAGGACACUCAUGAAAUUCGGCGACGACUAUGUUAACAGAUGGACAAUGGCCAAACUCAAGCUUAUAGCACUGGUAGGCGAACCAAUCAACCGGGAAGCUUGGCUUUGGUUGUACAAUGUUGUCGGUCGCGGUCGAUGUCCAAUAGUGGACACCUAUUUCCAAACCGAAACAGGUGCGCCAAUGAUAUUCCCGAUACCCGGCUGUAUUCCCAUGAAACCCGGUUCGGCUACCCUACCGUUUUUCGGUAUUGUACCCGUAAUUUUGUCGGAAGAUGGCCAGGAACUUAGUGGCCCUAACUCGGGAUAUCUAGCAUUCAAAAAUGCUUGGCCAUCGAUAGCCCGAACCAUUGAUGGCAAUCACGAACGCUUUGAGUCGACAUAUUUCCGAAAGUUUCCCAACUAUUACUUCACUGGCGAUGGCGCCGUUCGCGACCAAAACGGCUAUCUAUGGGUUACCGGCCGUACAGAUGAUAUGCUCAACGUUUCCGGCCAUCUGUUGUCCACAGCUGAAGUCGAAUCGGCCAUUUUGGACAACAAACGUAUUGCCGAAGUGGCCGCCGUUUCGAUGUCUCAUCCGAUCAAAGGCGAAGCCAUUUGUUGUUUUGUUGUAUUGAAAGCCCAACAGAUCUACGACUUGCAGCUGGAAAUAGAUCUCAAACAAAGAGUACGCGAUAAGAUCGGCGCCAUAGCGACACCCGAAUGCCUGUUCUCGGUUCGGGCGCUGCCGAAGACCCGAUCCGGUAAAAUAAUGCGCCGAAUUUUGGCCAAAAUUGCCCGAAACGAUGUCCGCGAAUUGGGUGACCUGUCGACCAUAUCGGACGAAUCGGUUAUCGAUGAGUUGAUUACUGUCAGGCGUGUUGUUGGCGACGGCGAUAGUGGUCAACAAUAAGGGAGGGAUUAGGGAUUUGGGGUUAGAAUAAUAGGGAAGGAAUAUCAUUGAAAAAAAUAUAACAAACUUUUAUUUUUUUAAUUUAAAAA